AUGUACCUCUUCAUUUUGCUGUUGGCCAUCACACAUGCAAAUGCUGACCGGCGAAAGCUCAGAGACUGUAUAAGACCAUGGCAAGCACCACUUAUGUCUAUUUCAACAAUUGCUUCGCCUGCACGACCAUUACAGUGCAUACCUGAGAGUUCAACAUGUCCGAAAGGAAGAAACUCUGCUUGCCAAUUUUCUUUGAAAACUUUCAAAUAUAUAUGUUGUCAAGAUAAAGUUGAUAUCGAGCCUCCAGUUUGUCCCAAAUUUCAUGAUACUUUGUUGAUGACCUGUGGAACCGAAAAUGAUACUGCUUGUCCACGAGGCUAUAACUGCAUGCCUUCUCGAUAUGACAAGCUUGUUAAUCUUUGCUGCAAACAAAAUGAUGCCUUAACUUAUCCUGAACCGGAAACAACCUUCAAAGAUAACAAAAUUGUUCCUCAGGUUUUGAAGAAGGCUCCUAAGUUUGAAGCAGAGCUCACUUUCGGCACCGAAACAUUGAUUAUGGGACAGCUAUUCGGACCGGAAAUUCUCAGUGCUUUAGAAUCACCUCCGACUGUUUCAUUGAAGGAUGGAAAUGAGAGUUCAUUAUACACUGUUAUCCUAUUAGAUUCAACCACAAAAAACAUUAACUGGUUCUUGGUUAAUAUUCCUUUUGCUGACGGUAAGCUUAUCCUGAGUAGAGGAAUACGAGAAGUUGUUGAAUAUCAAGUCCCGCAAGUCACGGCCCAACCUCCUGGAUUUCAUGUGUUGGUAUUGGCCGUUCUUGAACAGAAUCUAAAAUGGGACAACAAAGAGCUAUCUAGUGUAUCGUUCGAGGACUUUGAUUUUGGUAGUCUUAAUUCGUUCAGAUCAUUGGUCGGACCACCUACGUCGGCUUCUUUUUAUGGGUAUACAACAGAAGAGGAUGAUAGAGUAUAG